GAACAGUUCCAUUUAGAACGAUUUGAAAGUGACCUUCAGGCUAUCUACUUGUAGAUGUUAGAAAUACCCGGGUCGGCCAAUUGUCUUUAAAGAAGUAGUGUAAUUAUAGUAAUUUUACGUGUCCCCUAUUUUUGCAAAGUCGCUUUGCACAAAGGUGGGGAUAUGGCACAAAAUCUUCCCAGAUCUGGGGAAAUUCUCUAAGAUUUCUCGUUUUCCCCGAUAUUUCCCCACAAUCUUAUGACACAUUGGGCAAAUUCAUCUAUUGUGAGAUACUGUUGAUUUUAUUACUGUCAUCAUUAGCAUUAUUAUUGCUAUUUAAACAUAAAUAUCAAUAUGAAAGGCGCCACGCGAAUCAUCCGAUAUGUGAGGGCUAGAAUACUACCCGGGCGCCCGAACCGAAACAGGUAGUAUUCUUAGGGAGCCACACCCUGAGCCUUUGACCUACGGGAGAUGCAGUCCCAUGGUAGCCAGUGACCAAUAAUUGGUUCAUACGCCGCUUGUUCCCUCAGGAUCUUGGAGUCCAAAUGGAUCAUUGGUUUGGAACCAGGGUUUCUCAACUCCCCUAGGUGGACCCUUCAUAUCCACCGACCCGAAUAAAGCUCCGAACAUUUGCUUUUCGUCCUCUCAAUUUCGUAAACAACACCCACACUGAGAGAGGUUAGUGGGUGGGGCUUUUCUGGCAGUAGCUGUAUACGCGUUGCCAUGUAAGAGCAUUUCGAGGAGAGGUGAUUUCCCCCAUCCUCGACCGUACCAGGGCAUUUGGACUGCAAGGUAAAAUAUCUUGCCUGUGGUUAAACGUAAACAUUAAGUCGGUAGAUAUUGCCUUAUUUUUAGUUAGUUUCUUACGCUAGGAUUCAGAACAAAUGUCCUCCUUUUUGGUGCUCAACAUUUGGACGUACCAGGACUCCGAUACUGUUCGUGUUUACACUGGACCCCGUUGCAUAUCACUUCAAGCAUCAGCAGUUCAUUAAGUAUGCAACUGAGUUCUGAUAACUUCUAAAUUGUCCCACAAGCAUUAGGUUGUUAAUAUUCAGGAUUACACCUGACUGAUAUAUAUGAACCCUGACCAGGUAGUUGUUGUUACAUCAACUUUGGGAUUCAAUUACUGUCCAGUCUCAAGUAGAAGGUAGCACGUUUUGGAUUAUAAUGCUAGCUAAUAUCCAAAAAAUAUACGGAAAGGUUUAACAUUUAGUAAUAUCGAGGGGUUCUUUUAAUAUCUACAUAUGUCAGCAGAAAUUAAUCAAACGUAGUCCUUAACAUCAAAACGGGAAAGUACACACUUUCUAAUAAGCUAUUCCUACUUUUGUCAUAUUUUUUCAUUUUAAUAUAGUGGAUUGAAGGUGUUUGGUAAUAAUUUGCAGAAUGGGAAAUGCCGUUUAAUAGGUUAUAAAUUAAUCUUAAGUAAAGUUGGACUUUGAGAACAUAUUGUUAGACUUUGACAAAAUUUCACCACACAGACUUUUGCGGAGAUAUAAAUUCUUCAAGACAGGUAAUAAAUUCGACCAACGCUACAUUACCGCCUUCGUCCUCUCUAAACUUUACAGUAAUUUCAUAAAAGAUAUAUGGGUUUUGUCAAUGCGCUAUCUAUAACACGGUCUUACUAUAUAUUUUUUUAAUUAAUUUUGCCGGAUAGUGUAAGUGUUCGUGUGGUAAAGAUAUUUACAAUAAGAUUUGGGUACUGAUUUUCCUAUGUGCAGUUUAGCUUUAUGUUGUAGUGAUAAAUCAUGAUGAAAUAUUCGAGCCUUUUUUAUUUGGGUUGGAGGCUAUCGAGUUUUAGAAGCAAACGAUCUGAUUUUAUUUAAGUCUGAGGGCGUAUAAUUUCAGCCAACUUUGAGAGUAGGUAACAAACAACAUCAAAGUCAUCCUGUUGUCAUCUAAUUUUGUCAGCGUGAAUCAAUCACCUGUUUAAUAAUAUUGCUAGCCAUACGGACAAUAAGUGGUUUACCUGUACGUUCUUACUAUUUUCAGUUCACCUAAAUAAAUAUUUUAGGCUCAAUAUUUUAGUUUAGUUUGGAUGCAAUAUUGGUUAUUAAGUAGUUUGCGUUUAUUAAUUUGCCAAUAUUCCAUCGUAUGAGUAUAAAAGUAUUGAAUCAUCGUUCUUUUUUUACCCUUUUGGAACCAAUAAAACAAAAGAUAAGUGAACACGGGUUUUCCUCGUAUAUAAUGUGGCAAGAAAUAUCAAAAAAUUUGUGUAAAAAUGUGUCGGAUACUUUUUUAUUGGAAUACAUGCAUAAAUUAUGCGGUGGCAACCCUCACUGUUCUGGCAGCAAAGGAAAUUACGAGAUAGCAAACUUCAUAGAAAGGAGCUGGAAAGAAUGGGGUUGGCCUAUUGUCGACAGACAAGAAUUUUAUGUUACUCUUCCUUUGGGCCCUCCUGAGAAUGGUCCAUGGAAUGAGGUUCUUCUAACCAACUCGGAUGGCACCGAAGUCAUACACAGAGCUCAAAAUAGCGUUACUGUUCCAUCGAAACCUGAAAUAUGCUCUCAAAAUGUAACUGUUGACAACUCCUGCAGUAACCAAUUACCUGUUUAUCAGGCUUAUUCAUGCUCUGGUGAGUCGUUUGGAUAUUUUGUAUUUGUGAACUAUGCAAGACGUAAGGAUUUGUUGUUGUUUGAUAAAUUGCAAGGCCGAAAGAAGGGUGAACCUAGUCAUAUAUGCAACAAGAAUGUCAUUGUAAUUGCCAGACUGGGCAACGGAACUCGACAAUCCAAGUUAAAAAAUUUAAUGGAACAUUGCACUUGUGGUCAAAACAAUACUUCACUUCCUGACCACCAUCCUGGCGCUCUUAUUCUGUAUCCUGAUCCACAAGAUUUUGCUGUAAAUGAUCUAGUUUAUCCUAGUGGGAAAGGGUUACCAGGGGAUGCUCCUGUAUUUGGUCAUAUGAAUAUGAAAUAUGCUGGCGGUGGUGAUCCGACCUGCGCUGGAUUUCCAUCACUUCCCCAUAUUUAUCGAACUGAUACACUUGUACAAGGUGAUGCCCUUACACAGAUUCCUGUUCAACCUAUUGGCUAUGAUGAUGCCAAAAUAUUUCUAUCGAGCUUAGAGGGACCAACUAUCCCUAAUGAUUGGGAUACUCGUUUGGCGACUCAUUUGGGACCAUCAACUAAAACCUGUUUGAAAGUUGUAGUACAUAAUCAAGUUUCUAAAAACCCAGUAAAGUUAUGUAAUGUAGUGGGUAUAAUGCCGGGUGAAAUGACACCUACUUCAACUGAAUCUGAUCAAUAUGUAAUUAUGGGUAAUCAUCAUGAUGCGUGGGUACAAGGCGCUUGUGAUCCAGGAUCAGGUAUGGUGAUUUUACAAGAAAUUGCUCGAAUUCUUGGCGAGGCUUAUCGUGACGGUUUCAAACCUCGUCGUACGAUAAUUCUUGGUUCUUGGGAUGGAGAGGAAUUUUCUGUCUUGGGUUCAACACAUUUUGUACAUAAAUCUGAAUAUGAACUAUUAUCUAGAUGUGUUGUUUACAUCAAUUCAGAUUGUCCAGUUAAAGGUCAUAAAACGUUUUCAGCUCGAACCGAUAGUUUAUUAAUUGAUAGUCUUAUAAAUGCUGCAAAAUUAGUUCCAGUUGAUCCACCAAUAAAUAUGCAAUCAUUCUAUGACGAAUGGUUAAAUAAUAAGAUUAGUGAUCGUAAUGAACCUGUAAUCACAUCUCUUGGUGGUGGGUCGGAUCAUAUACCUUUUGCCUAUCGUUUAGGGAUUCCAUCAACAUAUCCAGAGUUUCUACCAGACGAUGGCUUAUACAAUACACCAGUUUACCACACUGCUUAUGAUAUUAUUGAUUUUGUAGAAAGAUUUACUGAUCCUGCUUCACCAUUUACAGGUCACUUCCCUCGACAUAGAUUAAUUGCGCGUUUAAUAUUAACGCUUAUUAUACAGUUUGCAUGUGCUCCACGUCUGCCACUUUCGAUAUUGAGAUGUUCACAACGUUUAUUGGAUGAUUGGUUGAAAUUUAUGGAGUUAGUAACGCAUCAAAUACCUAAUAUUUCAGAAUAUGAUGUGAAUCUAGAUUGGGUUUUGGAAGAAAUCCAGAAGUUUAAGAAGUCAUCUCAAGAUUUUGAAGAUUUUGCAAAUACUAUGGAAAGAAAUUGCACUAUUUUUCCCUCCUAUCUCAAUCGUAUACUUGUUGGUGUUUCUAAACAUUUUGUUGCUGCUGGUCAAUGUGAAAAAUCAUCUUUGAAAAAUGUCAUCCAAGGAACUACUGGUUAUAAAUCAGUUUAUUUUCCUCAUGUAAAAUCAUCAUUUAAAAAUCUUAAAAUCUUAUAUGAUAAAUGUAAGACAAAAACUUCAAAUUCAACAGAACUGCACGAUUUCAAACUGGAGCUUUCAAAUGUUUUGAAUUGUUUACAACAAUUAACUAAUUGGCUUCGAAAUAGUUGGAUUGGUUUGACUAAUUCUUCAGUAGUAUUAUAAUAGUUACUUUUCAUAUUCAUUUUUAUAUGGACUUUAGUAAAAGCUAACAUACUUUUCAUGUCAUUUUAUUAGACUUUUAACUAAUAGUGUUUUUUACCUUCAAAAUAUAUUUUGUAGAUGCAAGUG